CUCUACAGGGGUGCAAUGGGUGUUCCGGGACUCUGGGAGCUCUUAGAACCUGCCAGGCGACCUGUUGAACUUGAGCAACUUGCUGGAAAGACAAUUGCCAUUGAUAUGAAUAUUUGGUUACAUCAGGCAGUUAAAUCAAGGGCAUCAACAGGUGGCCCGAAGGCAUACCUGACAGUUCUUUUCCGACGAUUGUGCAAACUCAUCUACUUUGGAAUCCGUCCAGUUUUUGUUUUCGAUGGCGAUGUUCCAACCCUGAAGAAAGCGACAAUGGCGGUUCGUCGGCGUCUUCGUCACAAUCUGUCUGACCGGGCUAAUGAAGCGCGACAGCGUAUCAUACGUCGACUGUUGAAGCGUGUGGCUCAGUCCGCGGUUUACGGUUCUAUUAGUUCUCCAGAAAAAUCGAACAAAACGGCCGAGGUGGAGUUAUUACAGCGUCUGGGACAUCAUCCAGAAGCACAACAAGCCAAGGAAGAUGAGGCACUAUUCGGCGUCCCAAACGAGCCAUCCAGCGACCAGCUGGAUGCUCAAGGAUUACUUCAUGAACGUGCCGGAUUGGAGUACGAUGAGCUUGCACGAGACUAUUUGGUAGGUUUAUUGGGCAUAAUUGUUGCUAGUUUUAUAGCCUUUUCGUCGUUUUUGGACGAGACAACCGUGAUUCUCUUGUUCGGGAUUGAUAGGCUGGAAGCGCUUCUGACCCUAGCUGUAUUCGGAGCCAGAAAAGCUUCAGUUAUGCGAACAUUUUCACCCAUCAGAUGGGUGUGGGUUGCUGUCAAGAAAUUUAAGGACGGCGUCAAAUUGCACGUGAAUUCUGACCAACUUGAUUUGCAUUCACCAUCGUUUUGUGCACUUCCUCUGCAAGCGCAACUACGUGUCGUCCAACUGGCCCGUGAACAGCUUGAUUCUCAGUUCCGUUCAGGUCUAACACAGGACAACCAACAGUCCCAGUGCACUGAAAUGUUCUCUCUGAAUCAAGUGAAUCGCCUUCUACUUCGACGCCGUCUGGCUGAACGUCAAGAAGAGUUGUCGCUGCAACUGUCCAGGGAAGAAGCAGUGAAACAAGUCACCAUGUUCAAUAACUCCACUUUCAUGGAGACUUUGCGGUCUCGUUUGGAACAUUUUCGAUCCGGAGGUGUGGAAGACUCGACGGUGGCUUUGAAAAUCCAGUCCCGCGACACGGGUCACGCGAUCCUGAUAAAAAACUCGCCAGUUAAGUCAAAACGAGUCGCGAGUUUUUCGGAUUCCGCUUUUUCUCUGGAGAGCACUACACUCCUUACUUUUCAUGUCAGCCUCAUAGUUCGCUCAGCAACGCCAUCAGAAGAGGUAGAGUCAUCCGCCAACCACGAAGCUGAAAAUUCUGCAAAGAAUCACAUUACAUCGCCUAUAACUACCUUAAACGAGCUUGACUUAUCGACCUCCGAAACUUCACUUAUCCGACACGAGGGAAAACUUACGAAACAUGUGGAUUACGAACAUGUGGAUUUCACUGACCCGAACGACCUUCAUACCAAGUCACCGUUGCCUUCUGAUCUACCGAAGCCCGUGGAUAUUUCGCCAGGGAGUGUGAUUUCAUGCUCAACAUCCUCAUCUUCAAGUUCCAUUGAGGACAACUUUAAACAGGUGGCUGAAUUCCCCUUAAAUGUAUUCACACCUGCGGUGUCGAUUGAAAGAGUACCGGAGAUGGCUGAUGAUUUCGCGGUCUCAAGACAUUGUACUACAUCCAACGCCCCUUGUGAUACGUUUGAAAACAUUCUAGAGGUUCAGAAUAGUCUUCAGGAGGAUGAAGAUGAUGACGAGUUCGUGGAAGUCACCGAAUCAAACGACGUAGACGAGGCUUCCACCCAAAUCCUAACUUUUAAUAGUCAGUCACCGAGCAGCGUUGUGGAGGACGAGGACGAUGAGUUGGAGGACACGGAUGAAACUCCCCAGCCGUCGCACCCAACGGAGAAUCAGCACUCGGUGUUUUACGACAAAUGGACCGAAGAUGAAGAUGCAGUCCUUCUGGAUGAUGAUGUUUUGCGAGAUCAGGCUGAUCGGCUUACUCGGCAGGCACAAACCACCACUCAACGCUGCGUCGAGGAAGCGCAGAACCUGCUCCAGCUUUUCGGGAUGCCAUUCGUAGUAAGUCCGGAAGAAGCGGAAGCUCAAUGUGUCGCUCUACAACAAUCCGGACUCGUCGACCUUGUUGCCAGCGACGACUCAGACGUCUGGCCCUUCGGUGCACGCCUUGUCUGCCGUCAUUUGUUUGCUGGUGGCGCUGUCGACACCAAACCGAAGACAACCAGAAAAGCACCGCGGGCGCCUUCACAAUACACCUUGGAUGACGUCCAACGAACCGUGGGACUCAAUACGGUGAACAUUUUACGCUUGGCCCUACUCUGUGGUAGCGAUUACACACCGGGUGUGCAUAAUGUUGGUCCCGUGACUGCAGUUGAAAUUCUUAAUGAAUUCGGCGAAAUCAACCAAAAUGCGGGUAACGUCGCAUGCACUACGUUGAUUGGAGGAACUGAAACCGCCGACCUCGCCGCCAGAGUAGUUGAGCCGUUGGAACGAUUUACUGCCUGGUAUCGUGCUGCUUCGAAAGUCGCUGCUGAGGGCGAUGCAAAGUCACUGCUUACAAGCCAGGUUCGCAAGAAGUGGUUGAAGUUCUGUCCACCUGAAGGUUUUCCGGAUCCGCGGAUUGUGGAGGCCUAUCUGCGUCCGAAUGUCCUUCGUAAGCCCGAAACCCCGUCAUGGGGUGAACCAAAUGUGGAAUCUUUGGUCAAAUAUCCUUUUCGUUACCCUAACUUUCCAUUCCAUGUCAUGGUGGAGUUGAAUGUUUUGCUAGCACCACCGUAUACACUAACUCUCGCCCCCUCCAUGAUUCGGGCUGUGCUCAACCGACAGCAGAAGCGGUUCAUGGGUGGUGACCAGCCAGAUUUGUUGAUCACGAAAUUCUUCCGUCCAUCAGAGCCGCCUGCCAUCCACUCUUCAUCGCCUUCCACCGAACCACCUGAUGAGGUUACUCUCCCUAGUAAACGUGCUCGCAAGGCCGUAUGCAGCUUGGUAAAGAAGGCAAAAAUUGGCGACAGCGAAACGGAAUCGUCAGACAGUGUACUAAAGUUGGACGAGCCCACUGAGCUUCCGUGUCUACAAAGACCACGUCGGAAACAGAAGGGGCCCAUCGUGGAUUCAGUCACGAAGACUGUCAGACAACAGAAAACCCGAAAUGGGAAAUUCGCACAGCCUUCUCGCCGAGUGGUGUCUCGUGUUUCGUUAUCUGAGGAUGAGAAUGAUGACGAUUAGUCCUCACUUGUGAUAUCACUGCUACUUUUGUACAGAAUAAUUUCCUUUCUAUUAAAAAAGUCAUUGACG